ACCCCUGGCCUACUGUGUUCUGCUGCCCAGCCUUUUGGGCAGCUGCAGGGAAGCCAGAUUUUGCCACCUAUGGAGCAGCCCUUCAUUUGAGUCUGGAAGCAGUGGAAGGUGCCAGGGCCUCUGUGAGUCUCGUCAGACCAGGUCUGAUGCCAAGUUGCUGCAGGCAGUCCCCAUGCAGCACGAGGAGCCCAGCCCUCUCUGCAAGGAAGCCUGAGACAGCUGACAGUGCAAGGAGAAUAAGACCACAACUUGCCAAAGAAAAGAUUGAAGGAUGCCAUAUUUGUACAUCGGUCACACCAGGAGAACCGCAGGUCUUCCUAGGGAAAGACAAAGCCUUUACUUUUGAUUAUGUGUUUGACAUUGACUCCCAGCAAGAACAGAUCUACACUCAUUGCAUAGAGAAACUAAUUGAAGGUUGUUUUGAAGGAUACAAUGCUACAGUCUUUGCUUACGGACAAACUGGAGCUGGUAAAACAUACACCAUGGGAACAGGAUUUGAUGUGAACAUCAUCGAGGAAGAACAGGGUAUUAUUUCUCGUGCUGUUAAACACCUUUUCAAGAGCAUUGAAGAAAAAAAACACACCGCAAUGAAAAAUGGGCUUCCUCCUCCAGAUUUUAAAGUGAAUGCACAAUUCUUAGAGCUGUACAAUGAAGAGGUCCUUGACUUAUUUGAUACCACACGUGAUAUUGAUGCAAAAAAUAAAAAAUCAAAUAUAAGAAUUCAUGAAGAUUCAACUGGAGGAAUUUAUACUGUGGGAGUUACAACACGUACUGUGAAUACAGAAUCAGAGAUGAUGCAGUGUUUGAAGCUGGGUGCUUUAUCCCGGACCACAGCUAGCACGCAGAUGAAUGUUCAGAGCUCUCGCUCACAUGCCAUUUUUACCAUCCACUUGUGUCAAACCCGAAUGUGUCCCCAAAUAGAUGCUGAAAAUGCUACUGAUAACAAGGUGAUUUCUGAAUCAUCACAGAUGAAUGAAUUUGAAACCCUGACUGCAAAGUUCCAUUUUGUUGAUCUGGCAGGAUCAGAAAGACUGAAGCGAACUGGAGCCACAGGCGAGAGGGCAAAAGAAGGCAUUUCCAUCAACUGUGGACUCUUGGCACUUGGCAAUGUAAUAAGUGCAUUGGGAGACAAGAGCAAGAGGGCCACCCAUGUCCCCUACAGAGAUUCUAAGCUGACAAGACUGCUCCAGGAUUCCCUCGGGGGUAACAGCCAAACAAUCAUGAUAGCAUGCGUCAGCCCUUCAGACAGAGAUUUUAUGGAAACUUUAAAUACCCUCAAAUACGCCAAUCGAGCUAGAAAUAUCAAGAACAAGGUGAUGGUCAAUCAGGACAGAGCUAGUCAGCAGAUCAAUGCACUCCGCAGUGAGAUCACACGGCUGCAGAUGGAGCUCAUGGAGUACAAAACAGGUAAAAGAAUAAUUGAUGAGGAGGGAGUGGAAAGCAUCAAUGACAUGUUUCAUGAGAAUGCUAUGCUACAGACUGAGAAUAACAACCUGCGUGUCAGAAUUAAAGCCAUGCAGGAGACGGUUGAUGCACUGAGGACCAGAAUCACCCAGCUUGUCAGUGAUCAGGCCAACCAGGUUCUUGCCAGAGCAGGGGAAGGGAAUGAGGAGAUUAGUAAUAUGAUUCACAGUUAUAUCAAAGAAAUUGAAGAUCUCAGGGCAAAAUUGUUAGAAAGUGAAGCGGUAAAUGAGAACCUUCGGAAGAACUUGACAAGAGCCACAGCAAGAUCACCGUAUUUCAGUGGACCAUCAUCUUUCUCUCCUGCUAUACUCUCCUCAGACAAGGAGACCAUUGAAAUUAUAGACCUAGCUAAGAAAGAUUUAGAGAAGCUGAAAAGGAAAGAAAAGAAGAAGAAAAAAAGUGUGGCUGGUAAAGAGGAUAAUGCAGACACCGACCAAGAGAAAAAAGAAGAAAAGGGUAUUUCAGAAAGAGAAAACAAUGAAUUAGACAUGGAAGAAAAUCAAGAAGUGAGUGAUCAUGAGGAUGAGGAAGAGGAGGAGGAGGAGGAAGAGGAUGACAUCGAAGGGGGUGAAAGCUCUGAUGAAUCAGAUUCUGAGUCAGAUGAAAAAGCCAAUUAUCAAGCAGACUUAGCAAACAUUACUUGUGAAAUUGCAAUCAAGCAAAAGCUGAUUGAUGAACUAGAAAAUAGCCAGAAAAGAUUGCAGACACUGAAAAAGCAAUAUGAAGAGAAGCUAAUGAUGUUACAACAUAAAAUUCGGGACACUCAGCUUGAAAGAGACCAGGUGCUUCAAAACUUAGGCUCAGUGGAAUCUUACUCAGAAGAAAAGGCCAAAAAAGUUAGAUCUGAAUAUGAAAAGAAACUCCAAGCCAUGAAUAAAGAAUUGCAGAGACUUCAGACAGCCCAGAAAGAGCAUGCAAGGUUGCUUAAAAACCAGUCUCAAUAUGAAAAGCAAUUGAAGAAAUUGCAGCAGGAUGUGAUGGAAAUGAAAAAAACAAAGGUUCGCCUAAUGAAACAAAUGAAAGAGGAACAAGAAAAAGCCAGAUUGACAGAGUCUAGAAGAAACAGAGAGAUUGCUCAAUUGAAAAAAGAUCAACGUAAAAGAGAUCAUCAACUUAGACUUCUGGAAGCCCAAAAAAGAAACCAAGAAGUGGUUCUUCGCCGCAAAACUGAAGAGGUUACAGCUCUUCGUCGGCAAGUAAGACCCAUGUCAGAUAAAGUGGCUGGGAAAGUCACGCGGAAGCUGAGCUCAUCUGACACCCCCGUUCAGGACACAGGUUCCAGUGUAGCUGCUGUAGAAACAGAUGCGUCCAGGGCAGGAGCUCAGCAGAAAAUGAGAAUUCCUGUGGCAAGAGUCCAGGCCUUACCCACGCCCGCAACCAAUGGAACAAGAAAAAUAUAUCAGAGAAAAGGGUUGACCGGCCGGGUGUUUACUUCCAAGACGGCACGCAUGAAGUGGCAGCUUCUUGAACGUAGGGUCACGGACAUCAUCAUGCAAAAGAUGACGAUUUCCAAUAUGGAGGCUGACAUGAAUAGACUCCUCAAGCAACGGGAAGAACUCACAAAAAGAAGAGAGAAACUUUCCAGAAGAAGGGAAAAGAUAGUCAAGGAGAGUGGAGAGGGAGAUAAAAAUGUGGUCAACAUCAAUGAGGAGAUGGAGUCAUUAACUGCGAAUAUAGAUUACAUCAAUGACAGCAUUUCUGAUUGUCAAGCCAACAUCAUGCAGAUGGAAGAAGCAAAGGAAGAAGGAGAAACCCUGGACGUCACUGCAGUCAUUAAUGCUUGCACGCUUACAGAAGCCCGGUACCUGCUAGGUCACUUCUUGUCAAUGGGCAUCAAUAAGGGUCUUCAGGCCGCCCAGAAAGAGGCUCAAAUUAAAGUACUUGAAGGUCGGCUUAAGCAAACGGAAAUAACCAGUGCUACACAAAACCAACUCUUAUUCCACAUGUUGAAAGAGAAAGCAGAGUUAAAUCCUGAGCUGGAUGCUUUACUGGGCCAUGCUUUACAAGAUCUAGAUAGCGUACCUUUAGAAAAUGUAGAGGAUAGUACUGAUGAGGAUGCACCUUUAAACAGCCCGGGAUCAGAAGGAAGCACACUGUCUUCAGACCUGAUGAAGCUUUGUGGAGAUGUGAAACCUAAAAACAAGGCCCGAAGGAGGACCACCACUCAGAUGGAAUUGCUGUAUGCAGAUAGCAGUGAACUAGCUUCAGACACUAGUACAGGAGAUGCUUCCUUGCCUGGCCCUCUUACAGCUGUUGCAGAAGGGCAAGAGAGUGGAAUGAAUACAGAGACCAGUGCUACUUCUGCUAGGGACAAAGAACUCCCUCCCCCAUCUGGCUUCCCUUCUAAGAUAGGCAGCAUUACCAGAUCGUCAUCUCUAUCAGAGAAAAAACUACCAGAGCCUUCCCCUGUAACCAGGAGAAAGGCAUAUGAGAAAGCAGAAAAAUCAAAGGCCAAGGAACAAAAACACUCAGAUUCUGGAACCUCAGAGGCUAGUCUUUCACCUCCUUCUUCCCCACCAAGCCGGCCCCGUAAUGAACUGAAUGUGUUUAAUCGUCUUACUGUUUCUCAGGGAAACACAUCAGUUCAGCAGGAUAAGUCUGAUGAAAGUGAUUCCUCUCUGUCGGAGGUACACAGCAGUAGAUCCUCCAAAAGGGGCAUAAUCAACCCAUUUCCUGCUGCAAAAGGAAUCAGAGCUUCUGCCCUUCAGUGCAUUCACAUAGCUGAAGGGCACACGAAAGCCGUGCUCUGUGUGGAUUCCACUGAUGACCUCCUCUUCACUGGAUCAAAAGAUCGUACUUGUAAAGUAUGGAAUCUGGUGACCGGGCAGGAGAUAAUGUCACUGGGAGGCCAUCCCAACAAUGUCGUGUCUGUAAAAUACUGUAAUUACACAAGUCUGGUCUUCACUGUGUCAACAUCUUAUAUUAAGGUGUGGGAUAUCAGAGAUUCAGCAAAAUGCGUUCGAACACUGACAUCUUCAGGUCAAGUUACUCUUGGAGAUGCUUGUUCUGCCAGUACCAGCCGGACGGUAGCUAUUCCUUCGGGAGAGAACCAGAUCAAUCAAAUUGCGCUGAACCCAACUGGCACUUUCCUUUAUGCGGCGUCUGGAAAUGCUGUUAGAAUGUGGGAUCUUAAAAGGUUCCAAUCUACAGGAAAGUUAACGGGACACCUAGGCCCUGUGAUGUGCCUUACUGUCGAUCAGAUUUCCAAUGGACAAGAUCUAAUCAUCACUGGCUCCAAGGAUCAUUACAUCAAAAUGUUUGAUGUAACUGAAGGGGCUCUUGGAACUGUGAGUCCCACCCACAAUUUUGAGCCCCCUCAUUAUGAUGGCAUUGAGGCGCUAACCAUACAAGGGGAUAACCUAUUCAGUGGGUCCAGAGAUAAUGGAAUCAAGAAAUGGGACUUAGCGCAAAAAGACCUUCUGCAGCAAGUUCCAAACGCACACAAGGAUUGGGUCUGUGCCCUGGGAGUGGUGCCAGGCCACCCGGUUUUGCUCAGUGGCUGCAGAGGGGGCAUUCUGAAACUCUGGAACGUGGAUACCUUCGUGCCAGUUGGAGAGAUGAAGGGUCAUGAUAGUCCUAUCAAUGCCAUAUGUGUUAAUUCCACCCACAUUUUUACUGCAGCUGAGGCACAGGCUCGCAAUUUGCAAGAUGGUCAGAUCUCCGACACAGGAGAUCUGGGGGAAGAUACUGCCAGUAAUUAA